CAUUUCCGCCUAAAACCCGGAUAAAGAAGUACACAGAUUACUGUCACUGCUAGCCGCAGCACUACAGACAGACAUGGCCCUGCCACCUUUCUUCGCCCAGAGCCGUCAGGGACCGCCGCCACCGCAGCCACCGCCUUCCGCUCCAUUCAGCUGUCCGCCCCCGCCGCUGCCCUCUCCGGUUUUCCCGCCACCUCUUCCCCAGCGACCCGGCCCCUUCCCGGGAGCAUCCGCCCCAUUCCUCCAGCCUCCCAUAGCUCUGCAGCCCCGCGCCUCAGCCGAAGCCUCUCGCGGCGGCGGCGGCAGCGGCGGUGGCGGGGCCUUCUUCCCGGUGCCACCCCCACCACUGCCGCCGCCGCCGCAGUGCCGGCCCUUCCCGGGACCCGACGUCGUGGAGCGUCCACGGCCACCGCCUCCAGGCCCGGGGCCGCCCUGGAGCCCGCGCUGGGCUGAGGCGCCACCGCCGCCCGACGUGCUCGGAGACGCGGCCCUGCAGCGCCUGCGCGAUCGGCAGUGGCUGGAGGCGGUGUUCGGGAACCCCCGGCGGCCGGUCGGUCCCAGGACCCCGCGCACACCCGCCGGGCCUAGCCUGGGCGAAGUGCGCGCGCGGUUGCGUGCCGCUUUGCGCCUGGUGCGGCGGCUACGCAGCCUGGGACAGUCCCUACGCGAGGCGGAGGCCGACGGGGCGGCCUGGGUCUCCCUGCACGCUCAGGCGGCGCCACUGCGAGCGGAGCUAGCCGAGCGGCUGCAGCCACUAGCCCAGGCCGCCUAUAUGGGCGAGGCGCGACGGAGGCUGGAGAGGGUCCGGCGCCGCCGGCUGCGGCUUCGCGAGAGGGCCCGGGAACGUGAGACUGAGCGGGAGGCGGAGGCCGCGCAGGCUACGGAACGGGAGCAGGAGAUUGACCGCUGGAGGAUGAAGUGCGUGCAGGAAGUGGAGGAAAAGAAGCGGGAACAAGAACUCAAGGCAGCUGCUGAUGGGGUCUUAGCUGAAGUAAGGAAAAAACAAUCAGACACCAAAAGAAUGGUGGACAUUCUGCGUGCGUUGGAGAAAUUGAGAAAGCUGAGAAAAGAAGCUGCAGCAAGGAAAGGGGUCUGUCCUCCUGCGGCAGCAGAUGAGACCUUUGAGCACCACCUUCAGCGGCUGAGGAAGCUCAUUAAAAAGCGCUCUGAAUUGUAUGAAGCUGAAGAGAGAGCCCUCCGAGUUAUGCUAGAAGGAGAACAGGAGGAAGAGAGGAGAAGAGAACUGGAAAAGAAACAGAGAAAAGAGAAAGAGAAACUUCUACUUCAGAAACGUGAAAUCGAGUCCAAGUUAUUCGGGGAUCCAGAUGAGUUCCCACUCGCUCACCUCUUGGAGCCGUUCCGUCAGUAUUACCUCCAGGCUGAGCACUCCUUGCCUGCGCUCAUUCAAAUAAGGCAUGAUUGGGAUCAGUACCUGGUGCCGUCUGAUCAUCCUAAAGGCAAUUCCAUUCCCCAAGGAUGGGUCCUUCCUCCGCUCCCCAGCAACGACAUCUGGGCAACUGCUGUUCAGCUGCAUUAAGUCCUCCAGGAGUGUGGUCCAGCAGGCAAGCACUGCCCCUCUAGAUAUUGGAGAUGCUAUCGUCUCAGCUGGAGUCUUCUGCACAGCUUAAACUCUAUGCGGCAUCGUUGUAGCCGGAAAGCCUACUUCUUUUGUUCUCUGCCCUGGGCAGGGGUACCUCUGGAACCAGGAGAUUCAUAAGGUUCUUCCAGAAAGGGCCUAGAUGAACUGAGGUUAUUAGCAUGGGCUGUGGCCCUGGCUCACUAAAAUCUGCCUCUGUUUUGAGGGGCUUGGUUCAAUGUGGCCUGCUCAUUUGCUCUAGGUCUGUUGUAUGCUGCUGGGUGAGGACAGGCAGCACACUUGGCUACUCCUCGAAGGUGUUCACUGAGUGGAGUUAGCAGCUCCUUAUCUUCCCACACCAACUGACCUAGUUGUGUUAGUCCCAGUUUUGGUGCAGUGGGGGAAGCUACUACUGAGGAUGAUGGGGCAGUGGCUGCCAGGAUCACUGAUGGCAUAGAACCGUUGUCCUGUGGAGAGCUUAGAAAACUUGAAGAGUACCAGAGCCAGGUUAGCUUGUGCUCUGACAGACAGUGCCUGUUUUCCUCAUGAAAGUGCCAGAGCAAAAGUUCUGAGGGAUCUAGUCGGAUGAGGCCUCCAAGAAUAGAAACUUUUUUCCCUGUGGGACUGUAAUCUCUGUCACAUGAUAGGGCUGGGUAGCUUAAGCUUCUAAUAACAUCCAUGUAGUAAAAGUUGGGAAAAGAGAAACUAUGAAUAAUAAAUUUUAUUUUUAUAUUGAUUAACAAGUGCUAUUGUGCUUGGACAUGAUCAGUCAUGUGUCAUGUUACGGUUUUUGAUUUGCUUUAUUCUGGGUUUUGUUAUUUAAUUUCCUAAAAGCUGAAUAAAUACCAUAUUUGCUUUUUUGUUUGA